AUGGACGGCGACACCCCAUUUCUUCCCCAAGAAAUCAUCACAAACAUUCUCAUACGACUUCCUGUAAAAUCGCUAUUUCAAUGCGCGUCCAAACAAUGGAAAAAUCUCAUCAAGACUCCAUCCUUCAUCGGAGAGCAUCUCCACCAUUCAAGUAAUAAAAAAUCUUGUCUGCUUUUGCAAGGAAGACAUCGGAUGCAUCUAUAUUUGCUCAACCGCAAGUUGCAAGUCCUUGAAUUUCUGAGAAUGUAUGACUUGUGGUGUGAUAAAAUCAGCGGUUCCAGCAAUGGCUUGCUCUGUGUUGAAAUAGACAAGUAUGCUAUGUCUCCUUCUUCCCUUUUAUUGUGUAAUCCAGCGACUAGAGAGGUUAGAAAUGUUCCUAGAAGCAGAACUAUGGAUGGUUUUAAGGGUAUUUGCUCUUUAGGAUUUGGUUUUAGUCCAGUUAUCAAGGAAUAUAAGAUAGUCAGAACUUAUGCUGCGCAGUUUAAUACAGAGGUGAAUCGAGUGGAAGUGUACUCAUUAAGCACAGGGUCAUGGAAAGAAAUAGAACCGGUCAACUUGAAGCGAAUAGCUCGAAUUUUUUAUGGGGAAACUGUAAAACUUUUAAUGGAGCUGUGUAUUGGACUGGAUCAAAGCUACCUGUGGGGGAAGACAAAAUUUUUGUGGUAG